ACUAACUUCUUAAUUAAGUCUGAAAUGCAGAGGUUGAAUGUAAUAUAUAACCAGAAAUUCAUGUCCUGCAAAAAUCCUUCUAAUAUGUGGAAACUAUUUAAGGAAAUCACUGGUGGUAAGCAGAUAAACAAUAUUCCAUAUUCUUUUGAUGUAUGUACUCUUAACAAAUCUUUUAUUUACUCUCCCUCAAAUGCCAUGCUUCCCAGCAUCACUUGUGUUAAUAAUAGCCCCUUUCCAGGUUUUAACACAAAUGAUGUUCAAAAGUGCCUCAAGUCUCUAAACCCUUCCCAGAGCUUAGGUCCCGAUUAUGUACCUAGUAUUAUUUUUAAAAAAUGUUCUGAUAUUCUGUGUCACCCUCUUACUGAUCUAUUUAACAAAUCUUUUUCCGAUAAUAUUGUGCCUGCCGUUUGGAAGGACAUUAAAGUUGUACCCAUACCUAAAUCUUCUACUGGAGCAUGUGUCAAAUUUAGACCCAUUGCUAUUACGUCUCCUUUUUUGAAAACUAUGGAGAAAUUACUUUUACUUAGUCUUGAACCUUCGCUUAAAUCCUUUAAUGACCCUAAACAAUUUGCCUAUAAGCACAGUAGAAGCACUUUAGAUGCAGCUGCCGUCUUAUAUCAUAACAUUGCUUCCAGUCUAGACAAGGGGGCUAAAUUUGUUCGUUGCGCCUUCCUAGACUAUACAUCUGCAUUCGACUCGGUCCCUAGGGACAUCUUAUUAAAUAAACUUGCUGCUAGUCAAACAGAAUGUUGGGCUGUUAACUGGUUGCAUUCCUAUUUCUCAGAUAGAAAGCAGUACACCGUAUAUAAAGGGAAGUCCUCCACUUCAUUGCCUACUGAAGCUGGUGUCCCUCAAGGUGCUGUUCUUUCUCCUUUUCUUUUUUCUUUCUUCUUGCACGACUUGCCUCACUCUGAUGAAAUAAACUUUGUGAAGUAUGCUGAUGAUUUAACGGUUUCAAUGGCUGUUAACUCCCAGCUAGAUUGUACUAAAAUAAAUAGCUUUCUAUCGGAAGUCAGCAAAUGGUCUGAGUCUAACGGUCUUAAACUGAAUCCUUCUAAGUGUCAAACUGUUGAUUUCAGCUUAAGAUGUAAACGACAGUUAAAAGAAGUCAUCGAUUCUCAUGACAGUUGUAAAAUUGACGACAAUGAUAUAGGAAUCAAAUCAGAAAUUAAGUAUCUUGGACUCAUUCUCUCUUCUGAUCUCUCCUGGUCUUCCCAUGUCUUAGCAAUCUCCAGUAAAAUAUUCCGCUUGACAUUUUACAUUAAGAAGUUAAGACACUCGGGUAUAACUCAACCCCUCCUCCUACAGUUCAUAAACUCUUGCAUCCUACCUAUUCUUCUUUAUUGCUCACCCUUAUUCUUUCCUGGUUUGCUUAAAAAAGACUAUGUCACAAUUCGUAGAAUACUGAAGACUGUCAGUAGGUGAGUGGUGUCCCAGUGGACCACAUAGUUAACGUCGUUGUCGAUAGGCAUUUGACUUCGUGCAAUAAAUUUGCUAAAGGGAUUUUGUCUGACUUGGAGCAUCCGCUUUACCCUCAGCUUUCACCUUGCAUCUCCUCAGGUAGAACAAGGAGUA